AUGUCAUCUACAUUUAUAGGUUUUAGCGAAGAGGAUUUAAAACUUAUGAAAUCAUCAGAAUCUGGCACGAGAAGCGAUGAAGUGGAUCCUGACUUCAGUUUAAAAAAUAUUAGAAAGAUCGAGAAAAUAGGUGCGAAACCUAAAAAAUUAACAAAUCAAUAUAAACUACCAAUAUUAAGAAAGCAAGAUUCAGAUGAUGCUAUCGAUAGUAUCGAAUUUAGUAAAUGUAAGCUUAGUAUAAAAACGCCAAAUAACCCAGCAGAAGAAAUUGUUAAUAAUAAUAAUUUUGCGGACAAGAAUGAAGAUAGUUCAGCUGUUGAUGCUCAAAAUGUGGAAUAUAAAAGUGACUCAGCAGAUGAAUCACAUAGUAAUAUUGAGAAUGUAAAAAAUAAUAAAGAUAUAGCACCUGAUAUUGUGAGGGGUGUAGAAAAUUACAUGGAAGAUGAUUUAGCAGCUCAUAAAGUAAAACUGGAAGAGUUACAACUGAAACAGAAAUUGAUGGAGGAGCAAAACAAAAAAAGAAAAGAGAUGCUAGCAAAAGCAUUAGCUGACAGGACCAGACAAACCGAAGAAGAAGUUAUGCGAUUGGAGAAGAUAAAGAAAGAGCUACAAAUACUAGAAGGACAAUUUUCUCAAGAUGUUGCCGUAUUGAGGAAGAAGAUUGAUCAAGCCUGCUUAACCUAUUCUGAGGCUGAGAAACAGUAUUUGAAAGUUGAAAAGGAGUUCCUCCAGGCUAAAAUUAACCUACAGAAGGAAAAGGAGAAGAAGGAACUGCUUACCGAGCACUUAUGUGCCUUGAUCACACACAACGAAACCAGAAAAGCGCAGAAAUUAGAAACGUUGAUGUUAGAACUUGCCAGUGAUAGAAAAACUAGUGUUAAUGAAGUUGAAACUCCAGUAGAAGAUAAAAAUCCUGUCAUAGAAGAUGGUGUUGAUCAAAGAACUGGUAAAAUGGUGGAUAUAUCGAAUGAAAGCUGA